AUGCUGUGUUUGGGGAAAGAGUUUGUGCAGUUCGUGGAGAGGGGGUUUGAGGGAAGACCAGAGAGGAUCGUGGACCAAGCUUCGGAGAGCGGUGAGCAGGGGAAGGAUAGUCAGACAAAAGUCUCAAGGCAGGCGGCAGGCGGCGGGCGACGCCGCGCGCGUUGGCAAUGUGAAUCUGCUGCAAUAGAAACGCAAACUGGCGUUGGGGUUGACGCGGUUAGAAUAAGCGUGAAUAGAUUGACUACACGUCACAUACUGUAAAUCUAUUGGAACAACCGGCGAAUU